AUGAGUGAAAGCGAGAGCCCUGAAAUAAUUGCAAGUAAUGAGACCGUUAAAGCAACCACUACUAACAAAGAUCCUGAAGUGGCCAAUACAAAUGAAAGUCCCAAAACAGCUGCUACAAAUGAAAGUCCUGAAACAGCUGCUACAAAUGAAAGUCCUGAAACAGCUGCUACAAAUGAAAGUCCUAAAGCAACUGUAGUUAAUAAAAAACGUAAAAAAAAUAAUACAGAAUCUUGGGUUUUUAGAGAAGGUCAUUUUAAGCAUAAUCCUCAACGAGAACAUUAUGCUAAGUAUACAUACUGUGGAAAUGGUUUGAAGCAUGAUAAUACGACUAGAACUAGCUCAUUAAUUCGUCAUUUGAGAAACACAAAUUGUAAAAAACAUUUAAAGGUUAAUGAAUCACAACAAACAUUACAAUUAUCUGCAGCAGUAUAG